CCAAAAUCUCCCAACCAGCUACUUACUGAGGUAGGUACUACCCAGUCCAUAUGGCAAUCCUCGCUAGCUAAAAUACGCCCGUCUGCAAACUUGUGCCACCACCACAACUCAACUCAACUUGCAAAAUUAUCUCCACACCACAAUAUAUCCAAAGUUACAGUCACAUCAACUCUCAUACAACACAACACAACACACUCACAUUACAUAAUGUUUUCAAAAGUCUUCGAAGACUCCCAGUCACAGCCAGAGCCAUUGUCUGCAUCGACCUCACAUCAGAUCAUCAGCUCUCACAACCCACCCACGGGUAGCAAUGACAGCUCGGAGCUCAUAUCUACAUCAAUAACGACCAUGGAAUCCAUAACCGUAAUGCCUAAGACAAGAAAAGAGACGCCAUUCGAGAUGUUCGAGGUUAUUCCUCACCUAUAUCUCUCGAAGUUUCCCGAGGUGGCAACACUUCCCCACAACAUUACGCAUAUCCUCAACAUGUGCACACAUACCCACACUGAGUCUUUUGGCCGAACAAUAUUGCAUAUCCCAAUCGACGACAUCGAUAACAUCAAGCCCCAUAUUCCAACAGUACUGGACUUCAUCAGCACAGCAAUUCAAUCCGGUGCCUCGGUUCUUGUUCACUGCGCACUCGGCCUCAAUCGGUCUGCGGCAGCCAUUCUCACUUAUCUUUGUCACGUCAAGCAGAUUAGUUCAUUUGAGGCGGUCAAGUUUCUGAAAAGCAAAAAGCCGGAUGUCAAGCCCUCUCUAUUGUUUUUACGACAGAUUGAUCAGUACUAUGGGAGAGAAGGGGAGGUAGAAGAUCCAAUGGCGGGGUUUCACAGACGUCUGGAGGAAAGAAAGGCAGCUGCCGCUCGGCUUGAGAUGGGAAAUGAAUAGACGUUGAGUCGUUCAGUCAAAUAUGGAUAUGUAACGAGACGCACUUGUCCAGAGUAUGCUUUUGUAUCAGAGCAGGGAUGGGUGGCAUGGCAUUUUCAAGGCGUCCACGGAAGGCUGGUGAGAGCGUAUCUCAAUGCACGUGGCCUACAUAGUGUUUUUGGGCGAUCGAAUAGACAUUGUUUCUCUUUGGGGCUUGCUACCAGUAACCGUUUAGGGCUUGUUUUGAUGCCGUAACAACCAAGACAUAUCAUGAAGAGAUGUACGAGAAA